AAACAUUUGAGGAACAUAUUGAACAUUUAAAAUCAAUAUUUUCUUUAAUCAAAAAUGCAAAUUUACGAAUUAAUUCUGAAAAAUAUCAUUUUUGCACUAAUAAAAUACAAUUUCUUAGAUAUAUUGUUGGUAUAAAUAGAAUAAAACCUGACCCUCAAAAGGUUGAAAAAUUUGAAAAACUACCUCCACCGAAAACCAUUACUCAAUUAAGAGCAUUUAUAGGACUGGCAUCUUAUUAUCGUCGAUUUAUAGAAAACUUCACUAAAAAGGCUGCGCCUUUAAACAAAUUAUUACAAAAGGAUGUAGAAUUUAUUUGGACGGAAGAACAUAAUAAAAUAUUUAAUUACCUAAAACAAUAUUUAAUUACUGCCCCAAUAUUACAAUACUCCGAUUAUAAUGAACCAUUUAUUAUAUUUACUGAUGCAUCCUAUCAAGGACUUGAAGCCAUAUUAUCACAAGUAAAAGAUAGAAAAGAACAUAUAAUAGCCUAUGCUAGCAGAACAUUAACUCCUGCAAAAAAGAAUUAUAGUACUGUUAAAUUAGAAUGUUUAGCAGUAAUUCAGGCCAUUAAAUAUUUUUGA